CUCCACCAACACCAAAACCGGAACGACCAUCAGGAGCUUGCAAACACGAUGAAGCUACCUGCCAAAAUGGAAAGUGUGUCCCACGGAAAUACGUCUGUGAUGGGGACUAUGACUGCGAUGAUGGCUCUGAUGAGAACAACUGUGCUCAACCCUCUCUCUGUGAACCAAAUGAAAUGCAAUGUGACAACAAGAAAUGCAUCCUCAAGGUUUAUCUGUGUGAUGGGGACGAUGAUUGUGGUGAUGGUACAGAUGAGAGAAGCUGCCGUGACAAUAUUCCAGGAUCUCCGUGCCGAAUGGGAGAAUAUCAGUGCCGCUCUGGAGAUCAAUGUAUCCCAAAGAGUUUCCAUUGUGACGGAGAGUUUGACUGCCAGGACAAAUCUGAUGAAAUUGGAUGCUCUCCACCAACCAUCACGCAAUCACCCCCCGAAGUAGUCAAUGCCAUGGAAGGGGAGACAGUCAACAUCACUUGCCGGGCAUUAGGCAACCCAGUGCCGCUCAUUAACUGGCGCCUGAAUUGGGGCCACAUUCCACCAAGGCCACGAGUAUCGACCACAAGUGAUAAUGGCUUUGGCACGGUCACCAUCCGUGAUGUGCGCCAAUCUGACCAGGGAGCAUGGUCAUGCGAAGCCAUCAACAGCAAGCAGAGUGUCCUGGCCACUCCAGAUGCAAUUCUUGUGGUCAAAAACAAGGGUGUCUGCCAUCCACCACUCUUCAAUGACAAGGCCCAGUCUAGCUCAGAAUGUCUUCGCUGCUUCUGCUUCGGUGUUUCUCAAACUUGCCAUAGUAGCAGUUUGAACAAAAUAACCAUUUCUCUAGCCAAUGAAGUGUCCGUCGCUACCAUGAGCAUCCUUCCUGAUGGAAGCUACAUGGAUGUCACAGAAAAGUUUAGGCCUGACCAGAAUGCAGUGCGUUCUAACCCUGCAAACCGCGAGUUCAAAAUAGACAGCCAAGUAAAAACGUCAGAGGCACCUGUCCACUACUAUUGGAGCCUGCCUGCAGAAUUUCUUGGAAACCAGAUCAACAGCUAUGGAGGUCAGCUGAAGUACACCUUCAGGUACCAAGCAUCAUCAAGACCUGUGCAAGCUGCGGACAUUAUCAUAAGAGGAAAUGGGGUCACAUUGUAUCACACUCUGAGGCAGUCGUAUGGUCCUCUCAGAGACAAUGCCAUCGAAGUACAAUUUGCAGAGGGCGAAUGGCACAAGGACGCUCGGCACAGUGCCAUUGGCAGCCCUGACACAGCCACCAGGGAAGACAUCAUGCUUGUUCUGCAGAAUGUCGAAGGCAUUUUUAUUCGAGCCCGCUUUGAUAGUGAAUUAGCAGAGUCAAGCAUUCAUGGCCUUGAGAUGGAUUCAGCUUCUUAUUCCAGUCCCAAAAAUCCUCCUGCUGCUUCUGUGGAGCAGUGCUCUUGUCCGACAGGCUACACUGGGAAUUCUUGUGAGAACUGUGCACCUGGCUACAUCAGACGGCGGUCUGGACCCUACUUGGGAGAGUGUGUUCAAGGUGUGCUUCCUUGCAACUGCAAUGGCCACUCAAAUUCCUGUGACCAACAGACUGGUCGCUGUCUGAAUUGUCAGCACAACACGGAUGGUCCAAGCUGUGAAAUGUGCAAGCGGGGUUUCUAUGGUGAUGCAAGGCGAGGUACAUCAAGUGAUUGCCAGCCUUGUCCAUGCCCUAUGGUUGAUGUACCUGGACAGUUUUCUCCAACCUGUGUGUUGGAGGCCGAUGGCCAGUGACCUGCAACUCAUGUCCCAUUGUUUUUGAAGGCAGGCGUUGCGAACGCUGUGCUCCAGGUUAUGAGCGAUACCCACCUGGCUCUG